CUUUCCCCCCAGGAAUCUGGAAGCUAUAAGCCGGGCGGAUUGCAAAUGAAGUGGAAUGCAUUGUGGGACGUGUGUAAAACCGGAGCCUUCGCCGUGGGGGUGUGGGGGCGCGUGGGGAGGGCCGGACCCGCCGCUGGUGGUGUAGACGCCGACGAGGAGGGGCUGGGAAAAUGCGCGCAGAGUCCGCCCGGGUCGUGCCCGCCGUAGACUGAUGAGGCAGCGCGCUGCGCCCCGGCGCUGAGGCCCGGAGGAUCGGGGCAGCGGGUCGCCGUCCCCACCAUGAAGAAGACCCGGAGCACAACCUUGCGGCGAGCCUGGCCUAGCUCGGAUUUCUCGGAUCGGGCCUCGGACCGCAUGAGGUCCCGCAGCGAGAAGGACUACCGUCUGCACAAGCGCUUCCCCGCGGCCUUCGCGCCCCCGGCCUCGCGGGGCUACAUGACGUCAGGUGAUGUAUCCCCAAUCAGUAUGUCUCCCAUCAGUCAGUCUCAGUUUAUUCCACUCGGGGAAAUCCUUUGCUUGGCCAUCUCAGCAAUGAACUCAGCAAGAAAACCUGUCACCCAAGAAGCACUUAUGGAGCACCUGACAACAUGUUUCCCAGGUGUUCCAACUCCAAGCCAAGAGAUUCUGCGGCACACACUGAACACGCUGGUGCGGGAGAGGAAAAUCUACCCAACUCCAGAUGGCUAUUUCAUUGUGACCCCACAGACCUACUUUAUAACUCCAUCCCUCAUAAGAACUAACAGUAAAUGGUACCAUUUGGAUGAGAGGAUACCGGACAGGUCUCAGUGCACCUCUCCGCAGCCUGGAACCGUGACACCCUCUGCCUCAGGCUGUGUCAGGGAAAGAACAUUGCCCAGAAACCACUGCGACUCUUGCCACUGCUGCCGAGAAGACAUGCACAGCAUGCACGCAUCAACUCUGCAGAGGAAACCUGCCAAGGACUGCAAAGACCCUUACUGCCCUCCUUCUCUGUGCCAGGUGCCACCAACUGAAAAGAGCAAAAGUACUGUCAACUUUUCUUACAAGACAGAAACUCUCUCGAAACCUAAAGAUAGUGAAAAGCAAUCUAAGAAAUUUGGGCUCAAGUUGUUCCGGCUAAGUUUUAAAAAAGACAAGACCAAACAGCUGGCCAAUUUUUCUGCUCAGUUUCCUCCCGAGGAGUGGCCCCUGCGAGAUGAAGACACACCAACUACUAUCCCCCGGGAGGUGGAAAUGGAGAUCAUCAGGCGGAUUAAUCCCGACUUGACUGUGGAGAAUGUCAUGAGGCACACGGCACUCAUGAAGAAGCUUGAGGAAGAAAAAGCUCAGAGGAGUAAAGCCGGGUCCUCUGCCCAUCACAGCGGAAGAAGUAAAAAGAGUAGGACUCAUCGAAAGUCCCACGGAAAGUCUCGGUCCCACAGCAAGACACGAGUGUCUAAAGGAGACCCUUCAGAUGGCUCCCACCUGGAUAUCCCAGGGGAAAGAGAGUAUGACUUUUGCGACCCUCUUACCAGGGCACCCAGGGAGGGCUGCUUCAUCAUCGAACACAAAGGAGAUAACUUUAUCAUGCACAGCAACACCAACGUGAUUGAGUCUCAUUUCCCCAUGACACCGGAAUGGGAUGUGUCUGGUGAAUUGGCCAAAAGGAGAACUGAGAUGCCUUUUCCUGAACCUUCCAGGGGAAGCUCCCAUUCAAAAGUGCACCGAAGUCACAGCCAUACUCAGGACCGAAGGUCCAGGAAUGAGAGAUCCAACAAAGCCAAGGAGAGGUCCAGAUCGAUGGAUAACUCCAAAGGCCCUCUGGGUGCUUCUUCUCUAGGGACGCCUGAAGACCUUGCUGAAGGCUGCAACCAAGAUGACCAGACCCCCAGCCAGUCCUACAUCGACGACAGUACUUUAAGGCCUGCGCAGGCCAUUAGUCAUCCAAGGGCUCACAUUUCGUCCACAAGCUAUAAAGAUGUGUGUAUUCCAGAAAUAGUCAGUGGUACCAAGGAACCCUCCAGUGCUUGUAGCCUUUUGGAACCUGGAAAACCACCUGAGAGUUUGCCAUCCUUUAGUGAACUCAACUCUUGUCCAACUAAAACAGCCACAGAUGACUAUUUCCAGUGCAACACCUCUAGUGAGACGGUGCUCACGGCACCAUCGCCUCUGGGGAAAAAUAAGGAGGACCAUGACACUCUGACCCUGGCAGAAGGGGUGAAAAAGCUGUCCCCAUCUGAUAGGCAGACUCCCCAUUCCUCCAGGGAACCUGUAGGGCACAAGGAGGAGUCACCAAAAGGGCUAGGUGGGGGUUCAGCUGCUUCAGGCGGAAUAGCUGAAGGGAUUGCCAAUGGCCGCCUUGUCCAGCACCACAGUAGCGCUGAGCCCAGCAGCUUAGACAAAAGAAAAGAGAUAUUCAGCAAAGACACACUGUUCAAACCUCUUCAUAGCACCUUGUCUGUAAAUAGCUAUCACAAAUCAAGCCUGUCCCUCCUCAAAUCUCACCCGAAGACACCUACUGACACACUGCCAGGCCGAUGUGAGAAACUGGAACCUUCCCUGGGGACCUCAGCAGCACAAGCCAUGCCUGCUUCCCAGCGUCAGCAGGAGUCAGGAGGGAACCAGGAAGCAUCCUUUGACUAUUACAAUGUCUCUGAUGAUGAUGACUCUGAGGAAGGGGCAAACAAAAACACAGAGGAGGAAAAAAAUAGAGAUGAUGUAGGGACCAUGCAGUGGCUCCUAGAGAGGGAGAAGGAAAGAGACUUGCAGAGGAAAUUUGAGAAGAACCUCACCCUUCUCACUCCAAAAGAAACUGACAGCAGCAACAACCAGAGAGCCACCCAUUCAGCCCGGCUUGACAGCAUGGACAGCAGCAGCAUCACUGUGGACAGUGGAUUCAACUCGCCACGUACUCGGGAGAGUCUGGCUUCCAACACAUCAAGCAUUGUGGAAAGUAACCGCCGGCAGAACCCUGCCCUGAGCCCGGCCCAUGGUGGAGCCGCCCCAGCCUUCAACUUCCGAGCGAGCACAGACCCCUCCACGAACGAAGCUGACAAAUUACAGAAACCUUCCAACUGCUUGCAAGCUUCUGUGACUAGUGUGUGACAGUCAUCCUGCCUCAGACCUUCUGUCUCAUUUGACAGCAAAGUUUACGACACUGGGACUGAUGUUUACAUCUUUGGAAAGACAAGCAUCUCAACCACAGUUUUUGUGUUUACUUAAACUGUGCUGCUAAGUAGGCUAGGGCAAAAAAAAAGAAAACAAAAAUCUUUAUUUCAAAGUAUUGCUUUUCACAUUUAUGGCUCUGUAGCAACUGAAUUAGCAGUAGGGGUGAUAUGUAUACUUUGCUUCACUAAUUGUAUCUGAGCACACAUUGGGAAGUCUAGACACUGUAAGUGUAAUAUGCAUUUUCAAUGUCAUGCAGUUGCCAAUUCCAUUUUAAAAUGCCACAGAUGUGUGUUGCUCCCUGUCUGUGGUUAAAUGGUGCCACAGAACUGAUCCUUGACACUUCCAGAAAACUUAAGCCACCACAAAAUGUCAGAUGCAAGGGUCCACCUUGAGGGAAACCAUAUGCCAAAACCGAGUAGAAGGGACCCAGCCCUUUGUGUGUGAGUCGUUUUUGCACCAGUCACUUGUCACUGUGAGUUUUCGUGACACUAUUUCGCAAGAGCCCAUGGAAGUGUGUGCGAAGCAGUCGCAGUGGAAAUACUGGGAGUGUUUGCUGUCAGGAUUUUGUUUUCCAGUGUAACAGAUGCUUGUCUGGUUUUUAACCUUCCAUAAUCACAAACAGGAAUAUAGGGCUUUGAAUCUGAAGUGGACAAAGGAAGGGAAUUCCCAUUCUGGCUGGGGCACAGCGCUAAGUGAUGGAAGAAGUAAUGUGGACUUUUAAAAGGUGUUUAUCAAAUAUGGAAGGAAGGUAAUUUCCUCCUCAUGAUACUUAUGGCGAUUCUAACUUACUAUAAUAGAUACAAUAUUAGUUUGUUUAAAAGCAAAAUGUUCUUUGUGAUACAAAUGAAGAGUAUGGCCUGAGGAUGUUAUUCUUUCUAAUGGAAGGACAUAAAUCUAUUUUAUGUAGUUUUAAAUAGAAUGCCUAAAUUAGGCUGUGGGAGAUAAUUUUUAGUGGUUAUAGGAAAGAGCAAAUUUAGGGAGAGUCGAACUUCAGGCCUUUUAUUCCUGGGAAGGUAUCUAUAGAGAAAACUUUUAAAAUAAUUUUUAAUUAGAAAUAAACAUGUGCCCACAUAAUGAAUAACAGAGUGAACUCAUUCUGCUAGUGUGGAAUAAUCAGAAUUUGUACUCCCCUAAAAUGUAUGAGAAUAACAAUUAUGCAUACGUGAACUAUGCCAGAGUAAUGUUUACAGAUACUUUGUAACCAAUUUCAGGAGGCAUUUUUAGGUUGGAUGUAUAGUUAAUUAGCCCAACUUAUUUCAAAAUGGUUAACCUUUUUUGCUUUAGUUUACAAUGUCGUGUUGAAUACAAAAAUUCCAACUCAGCAGCAAAGGGAUUACAAUUAAUUCAGCUUCAAUCUUAUGGGAAAGAGACAUUUCAGAGUUCCCUUAUCUUAUUUUCUGAGAACAGUGGAAUAGACAUGAAGUUUUCUUUAGUUUUAGCGGUAUGUGCUGUUUGGAGCCAUACACCAUUACAAAAAGAAGAAGAAGAAGAAGAAAAAAAAAAAUAUAUAUAUAUAUAUCCAAAAAUAAAUCUAAAAUAUUUUCACCUCAGAUUGGAGUAAUUGGCGUAAAAUUUGUGAGACACUUCUGUUUCUGUAUUAGGUUAAAUCCCUAGCCAUCUGCUUAAAGAAUGCAGUCAUAUACACAGUUGGACUAAUUCUUGAAGCAUUUGAAUACUCCCAGAUUUUUCUGUUAUUUGAAAGUUGCAUUGGGCCGAACUGGACUUCUCGAGUUUGGUAAAUUUCUUUUUCGUGCUUAUUACAGUGAAACUUCUCAGGCCCAUGCUUUCUUUCCCCCAAAGCCUGCCUGGAUUGAUCAGAAAUGCAUUGUCUGUCUCAUUGUUUAAAUGUGUCCGGAAGGAACCAUGAGGAUGUGUCUAAUGCACCAUAGUCUCUUUCCUUGGGGAGCUUUACACCAUAUAGUUACUAAAUUUUUCUGUCUAAAUUCAUUUUUCCUGAAAACUUACUCUCAAAUUUUUAUCAUACUAUCAGUUCAUGAAUAAUAUAACCAUUGGAAUGAGACAUCAGCCUCUAGUUGAUCCUCUGAAAAGUAGCCAUUGAAAGAACCAAUGCAGUGUGAACAAGAAAGGGAAAGCAUUUACCUUUAAGAGAAGCUUUAAAAUAGGAAUCUAUUGACAUUUCACAAAACAGAUUUACAAGAAGACAUUAUUCAAAUAAAAUGUGUAUACCAUUUGCUCGUUGCCAUGGGGUACAUGAUUAAAAACAAACAAAAAAAACUCCCAUAGACCAGCCAUUAGCAUAGAAAUGGACUUUUAAAGAUAGUACCUGUAAGCCGAUGUUCCAGUAGAAACACUCCCAUCCAAAUCUAAUGAUGAUUCUUUAGCAGGGGAGGUGUAGUGGUGGGAAGCACAUCACAAAUGUGAUCUAAGGUAGUUGUCACCAAGAUGGUGAGGUUUUCUCAGUGCCCAAGCCCUGAGGGUCCUCACCAAGCUUCACCAAAACCCUUUUCCUCCAGCAAAAGCAUAGUUUUGUGUUACAUGCCUGCUUACCCAGUCUUAAGAGUUUAUCAACUGAAAGGUUUACAAAACCGAAUCUGGUUGAAUCUCUGUGUAGCAUUCAACUUGAAGGGGUCAACACAUCUGUCGGCAUUUUGCACUUAUGUAUUAUUAUGAUACAGCAUAUUACUUUAUGGUAAUUUUAUUUUUACAUAUAACUACCUCCAUAAAUUUGAUGAGAUGGCAGCAGUGUGUUACAGUAGAUUGUUCAGAAAAGCAAAGUUUCUGAAAUGUUCAGGCCAUGGUGUUCUCUGUGUGUGUUGUGAUUGCCUGUGUGGACUCAUGACGUUUCCAUCAUUGUGGCUUGCUCUUGCCACAUUUGGCUUUCUGAUGUAAUCCUGUCUUCUGUCUUCCCAUGAAAGAGCACUUGGUUUUGUUAUGAGUGAACGGAAGUUUAAAAAUUCUCACGUCCCCCUUUCCUUCCCAUCCCUGCUGAAAGUUCUCCAGUGAAAAGCCAAUUGGUAAAUGUUGACGUAGCAAGCUAUUUACUCCUAUGGAAAUCUGAUUUGAAUUCUAUGUUUUCAGUAACAGAAGACACACUUGAAAUUUGGACAGCCAGCCUCUAAGCACUUUGGGCCUUUCUGCCUUCACUCACAUGCUACCAUAAUCGAGCCCAAACUUCACUUUAAUUAAAAGCCCUGUUCUGUGAAUCUCACAACUUCUGUUAAAUAAUAUGUAUUCCAUUAUAUAUAUUUUGUGCAUCUCAGGGGACCAUAAUGAGCAUCGGGGGGCGGGGCGGGGGGGGCUGCCCAUCACAUAGAAGAGGAGAAAGGAGUAAAAAUAACAAAGCACUGCUUUUCCCUCCAGUGGUGAGAAGCUCAAGUUCAGGAAUCAUACAUUUAAAGUUAAUCUGGACUAACAGUGAUCUGAACACCAGCUGUUUCCAAAUCUCUUUCUUUCAUAACCCAACCAGCAUUUCUAAAAUGUAAAUUUAAAUUAGAUUGCGGUCACCAUGGGGAGAAGAAACCUGUUUAGUGGAAAUGGCAGCAUUGUUCCUUUUUUAGGUUGGCACUGUUUUAUAAAAAAAAAAAAAAAAAAUCCUAUCCAGGAUAAACCACUUAUCACCACCAAGUGUACUUGAAAAUAAAGUUUUCAGCUUAAAUUAUAGGCAUAUUGCUCACACUUACAAUUGUGAUUUUUUUUGUUUGUUUUUGAAAGUCUUGUCAUUUGUAACAGGCAGUUUUGGAGCUUGAUUUAAAAACCCAACAACCAGUGCUGACUUUGCACAGUUCAUUUUGGGAUCUCAACAUGCUUCCAAAGCAUUUGAAUUCACAAACAGUUAACAAAAGCAAGUCAUAUUUGUGAUAUCCAUACUUAGAGAAUAAACAGAAGGAGUGACUUAAGAUCACCUAGAAACACAGUGGCAGCUAUCAAUGAUCUAUUUUCUAUCUGUUCGGUAGACCAUCAUGAGAAAUCACAAAAUACAAUGCUAUUUUUCUGAUGUGUGCUAAUAAAGUCAAAGAAAAAACCUCCAACUUCACACCUUUGUCCAUUUUCAUUCAAAAAUUUCAGGGCGUCUGGGAUGUUACCCCUCAGCACAGCUGACUGGUACCACUUAGUGAAGUGGUAGGUCAACAAAUCCACCCAAAUUGCCGUUGCAGUCAGAGGGCAGAUCUGGACAUAACAUCUGUUUACAGUUUCCUGUUGGGUUUCCAUAAUUCCCGUGCCAAAAUACUGUCUUUCAUGACUUGACUGCUCCUGGCAGUGGAAGGUGCUGAAACAGAAAUUUUAAUUAAAAACUUUGUCAAGUACUCUUCACAACAGUCCUUAGCACGGUAAAAAUUCAGUAUAAUUAGACUGAGCCCUAGUUUGGAAGAUCCGGGUUUCUGAGGGAGCUGAUCCAGUUGUAAGUGUUUUCUCAAAUUAGGAGACAUGAUCCUUGCUGGGGAUCUUUCUCCAUCACCACGUAGCAGUCACAGAACCAGCUCGUAUUGUGCUGUCAGACGUGAGUGGAUCCACCCCACAGGUCCGUCCUGCCCAUUGUUGAAGUCAUCCAGUACUCUCCUGCCUCGGUGCUCUUCUGCACGUGCUUUGGGCUUUGGAAGCUAUAACAGGAAAAAUGAACACAAAAGCCAUGGGAAAACAUUGCUUUGCUUUGGGUUAGUAAACUAUGGGCAGGCAAGAAAUUACUUUUGGUUUGAGUUUUGCCAAGGAGAAAAGCAUCAGCUGUCACCUCCUUCCCUCUCCCAGAAGGAUUUGUAGUAUUAAAGAUACAUCCAAUAUGUUCCCCCACAGGUUUUUAUUUAGGAGGCAUUUCAUAAAUUACAUAUGUGAAGAAAAUUCAUUAUUAAAUGUCCUUAUGUGUUUCAAGCAGACACUGGCACCUCCCUGAUAGAUUUUAUCUCUAUCUCUUCUGCAGCUGCACCCUAGAAAGAGGUCCCCAGGGAUGGCUCCCCUAAGACCCAAACCUGUGUUCUUACUGUUGUUCUAUGACUUAACAGUUGAUGAUCUACAAGAUGCAGAAUUCUGCAGGGCUCAAGGGGGACUAAACUUUGUUCUUGGGCUUGUGUAUUACCAGUAACAAGACUAAUUGCAUAUAUAUGGUUGGCUUGCAAUGCGGACGCACACACACAUCAUGCCAACUAGGAAAGGAGAUGUUUCCAAGCAAGGCAGCAAUGAUGACUGUGAAAGGUUGGAAAUGUGAGAUAAGACACUUGGCUGCCCCAUGGACAGCUGCCUACGUCCCUGUCCAAAGGCUGACCUUGGUACCCCCAUUCCCUAGCUCCCACCAAAAAGAGGUACCAGAUCUGAGGCUUGAGAUCUCCUCCACAGUUCUAGGAAAUCAAUUAUGAAAGGGGGCACCCAGCAGCUCCUCCCUUUCCUUCCCUCCAAGGUCCUCCAUCCCUGUCCCCCAGAUAGUGACACGCUUUCCACACUGGAAGGGCAGUACACUACAGUAUUGUGCGCACACACUCGAGCUGCCCCAGAGUCACCUUCUUGAGUAUUGACAGCUACAAAUUAAAAUCCUUAGAGCAGUUGACAUAGAUGCUACGUUAUAGAACAGAAUUAAAUUUAAACGUCAAGUUUAAAGGGAUCAUAAUUCUGCAGGUACCUUUCUCUGAGUGACUGAAUGUGACAAUUGCAUUAGGAUAAAUGAAUUAAGAAGUGCAGGUGGGAUUUACUGUAUGUUAGAAAGGAAUUUUGCAGCCAAGACUGCCUUGAAUAAAAUGUGUUUGCACUGAAAAAAAAUUUUAAAUUACUUGGUCUCUGGUUGCUGUAAAGGUCAUCCAAGAUGGAUGUUCUGUUUAUAUUGUAUAGUAUUUCAUAUGAAAUAACUACAGUUCAUGAAAUGUCUUCCCUAAUGUUACUGAUUUAUAACAGCACAUUUGUAACAUGGUUUUUAUCGUGUCAGUGUACCAUAUUGUAAAUGAUGAUUACUUGUCAUGCUUAGUAUAAUAACUUAAAAGAAAAAAAAAGGACAGGGAUUUUUGUAAGUCUAUAUUUGAAAGUCCCUCCAUAUGGUAAUAUUGUGUUCAUGUUGUUUAUGUAGUGUUGUGUGAAAUAUCCAUUUUGGAUUGUGUUACUUUUUAAGAUAUUAAAUAACAUUUGGUUAUAUGUCUAA